AUGCUGCAGCAGUCGACGCCUCUGGUGCCGUGCUUGAGUGCAGCGCAAGCGGCGGACCUAGUUUCCUGGACGUCCACAGAUGUUGCAAGGGCUAUUAAGUACACAGCGCCCCUCAUUGUGCCGAUGGAUGUGGCAUCAAAAGUGACAUGUACUCACGCGACAAUUGUUGAGUGCACGGACGCUACAACCUAUGAUCAAGCCAUCGACGCAUUGAAUGGCGGUGCGGAAGGUGUGGUGAUUCGGACCGACCAAGCGCCUCUUCUCGCCGAACUAGGCGCAGAUAUGGUUGCAUCCCGCGCGAUUGUCGCCGUCGCCGAUGGCCAGGAUGUGCCAGCACAUCUUCAACCGGCCGGUGUUCUUGUCGAAUGUGAGCAUAUUCCCUCAGAAAAGUCACUCCAAAAGUAUCUUAAGUCGAUGGAAACGAGUGUAAGCGGGCGAAACGUGUACGUGCGUGCACCUUUCGAGACGCUCGAACACAUUCGUGGAGUGGCCCAACAGGGUGCGACAGCUGUUGUUGGUACGAGCCAGCUAUGUAUGGACCAGAGCCGUGACUUGGACUAUGUUGAUGCCCUUUUGUGCAUGAUCCAGAGCGACCGUGCUGAUGGCCUGUAUCCGACGCUCGUUGUGUCUGACACUUGCUCAGCGUCGCUGGGCCUGGUGUACUCCUCGGUUGAGUCUGUGCGUGCAUCGCUUACCACCGGCUCCGCCCAUUACCAGUCUCGUAAACGCGGACUCUGGCAUAAGGGGGCAACAAGUGGCGCAACACAACGCGUUGUGCAGAUCCGUUUGGACUGUGAUCAGGACGCUCUGGAAUACCGCGUGGAACAGCAUGCGGGCGAGCGGUCAGUUGGGUUUUGCCACUUGGUCGACCGCGACUCAUGCUUUGGCGGUCUUGGUGGUCUUGCAAAGCUGGAAAAAACCCUGCGUGCGCGCAAGCAGUCGGCGCCCCCUGGCUCGUACACGGCGCGUCUCUUCGGUGAUCCGAAGCUGCUUAGCGCCAAGAUCCGUGAGGAAGCCCAGGAACUGAUUGAUGCCCAGGAACAUGAGCAUAUCGCGUUUGAGGCAGCGGACCUCUUGUACUUUGUGCUCGCACGAUGCAUUGGCGCAGGUGUAGGCCUCGCAGACAUUGAGCGGUCGUUGGAUGCUAAGAGCAAAAAAGUGACACGACGCAAGGGUGACGCAAAGCCAGCGUACUCGCAAGCAAUGCCAGCCAAGGCCCCACCUGCGCCUGCAACACAGCUUGACGCAUCUGCCCCCAUUUGCUUGCCAGUGCACAAGCUUAGCGAAACAUCCGCUGACAAACAGAGCGAGCUCCUGCGUCGUCCGGCCAUACGUACGAAUGAGGUGAUGGAUCGUGUGCGUCCGAUCCUUGCUGCUGUGAAAGAGCGUGGCGACGACGCCGUCCUGUCGUACACUGCGCAGUUCGACCGUGUACAGCUGUCAAGCGCAGUACGUCUUCCGCCGUUCCAAAGCAGCAGUGAUCGGCAGGCAAUGGAUCCACGUGUGCGAGAGGCUAUCGAUGUCGCUUACGCAAACAUCCGGCGCUUCCAUGAGGCACAAAAGGCUCCUGUCAAGACUACGUCGCGUUCAUCGCACGCGGCGUGGGCACCUGGUGAAGACGUGAUGGAAAUUACAUCCAUGCCAGGCGUCGUCUGCACACGCUUUCCACGUGCCAUUGAGCGUGUAGGCAUAUACGUGCCAGGUGGCAGCGCGGUGCUACCCUCGACGGCAUUGAUGCUGGGAGUGCCUGCGCAGGUCGCUGGUUGCUCAACGAUUGUGCUGGCAACGCCGCCUCGGUCUGACGGCUCCAUUGCGCCGGAGGUAUUGUACGUCGCUGACAAGGUGCAAGCAUCGUGUAUUGUGUGUGCUGGUGGCGCACAGGCCGUGGGUGCCAUGGCGUAUGGCACAGAGAGCGUGCCUAAAGUGGACAAAAUUGCAGGACCUGGCAACCAGUAUGUGACGGCAGCAAAGAUGCUUGUGCAAAACGAAGUUGAUGCGCAAGUUUCUAUUGACAUGCCGGCAGGGCCAUCAGAAGUGCUAGUCGUCGCGGAUGAGAGCGCAGAACCCGUGUUCGUUGCGUCAGAUUUGCUAUCGCAGGCAGAGCAUGGACCCGACUCGCAGGUGGUCCUGGUGGGCAUUGAUCUGAGCGACGCCAAGCUCCAGGCCAUUGAGACCGAGGUCGACCGACAAGCGCGUGCAUUACCACGAGUCGAUGUCGUGCGCCAAGCCAUUGACAAGAGUGUCACGAUGUUGGUCAACACGCGUGAAGAGGCCAUCACGUGGAGCAAUCGGUACGCACCUGAGCACCUGAUCUUGCACACGACAGAGCCCGAGCAACUCGUGCCGCUAGUCCAGCAUGCAGGCAGCGUUUUCGUGGGGGCAUGGAGUCCCGAGAGCUGCGGUGACUAUGCAUCAGGCACCAAUCACACACUACCGACGUAUGGCUUUGCUCGGCAGUACGGCGGCGUGUCGACGUCGACCUUCCAAAAAUACAUCACCGCUCAGACUCUCGACGCCGAUGGCUUGCGGAAACUUGGACCCCAUGUUAUUGCACUGGCUGAGUGUGAGGGUCUUGAGGCGCAUGCGAAUGCCGUGCGCGUGCGUUUGCAGCAGCUUUCGCCGUCGUCGUUGCCGUCCACAUCUUCCUCAUCAUGA